AUCUACAUAAAAUUAAUAAAAGAAAAAGUGUUCCAAUAAUGAAAGACUUGAUUUUGAUGAUGGCAAUUUAUUCCACACUCGGCAUGGUAAAUGCUGGAGUUACUCUAACACUGGAAACACAAACAAUAAAGAUGGGAGAGUCUCUCAUCCUUACAUGCACUGUCCAUGGAAUAUCAAAGAUCAACCCAGAUGUUACAAGACAAUUUGCUAAAGGAAGCAACGGAGAUCUCCUCUGCUACAACGGACAUAUAACUCAAACAAAAAAAUACGAAGAAAUAUUGUCCGACGGAAAUGAAUUUAGAUUGAGAAUUAAAAAUGUUACAGAGUCAGAUGUAAAUAGUAUAUACCAAUGCCGAUAUAGAUUUUUUACAGUAAAACAGAUGAUAGGAAUCAAUGAAAUGAAUUUUGAAUAUGGACCGACUGAAAAUACAACGUAUAUUGAAUUCAACAAUUACGACAAUACAAGUUUUGAAAUUCAGAUAAACUUUACAAAGAUUUUUCCUCUACCCAUGUGUUCGGCCCAAACGAAGAACUCUAAAAUGCAGUUCAAAAAUACAAGCAUCAUGGAAGAAAGAAUUUUCUACAAAGUAUCGUUUAUUUUGGUAUAUGUUGAUGGUGACCAAUGUGGUACAGAUUUGGAAAUAUAUUGUAAAGUCGGUAGAUCAAACUACCCUAUCGAAACGUUUAAGCCAUUCAUGGAAUGUCCAUGCACAGUUCCCAUGUUUAUUAUAUUGACUAUAUGUGGAGUGCUACUUAUAGGAUCUAUAUCAUCGAUGGCAUUGCUGAUCGUGUAUAAGAAACGACGGAAACGGAAAUUAUGCACAAAAUCUAAAAACAAAUCAAAGACAAAAACUGAUAUUGACAACGCAGAUGAAGAAACUUUUUUAUGAUAAAGGCGGAAAAUAUAAUAUGGGGGCAAUCAAAAACCAUUAGAUGAAGGAAGAAUGCCAAGACCAUGCCAACGAGAAUUAAGACGAAAAGACAAAGGAAAGUAGACAGAAAAAACUACACCCUUAAGACUCAAGUGUCACAGUCGUGUUCUCGUUUUAGUGGCUAUCAAGUGAUAUGUUACAGCUGAUAAAUAUGGAUAAAUAAGGACAUUUGGCGGAAUGUGGCUCCGGUAAGCGGAAUAUAUCCAUAGUUAUCAAUCACAUAAGCAUUCCCUAUCGACAACUCAAAUAUUGAUGGCGUCCGUAUAACAUUCGAAGAGACUGUACCAGUAAGAAGGCAGUACACUGUAAAAAAGGCGUGUAGAGUCUAAACAUGAUCCUAAACAGAAAUGUGUUCUCACUUGAGCACAUGUUUAACCCUAAACAUAUUUUAAUUUAUUUCAAAUCUU